AUGAAACUCAAGAACCCUAUCAUCCCGGGCUUCGCCCCGGACCCGACGAUCGUGCGCUUCAAAGACACCUACAUCCUCGUCAACUCCUCGUUCCACGUCUUCCCGGGCCUGCCCAUCUACUCCUCCAAAAACCUCGUCGACUGGGACCUCCGAUCCCACGCCCUCUCCCGCCCCUCGCAACUCUCCCUCUCCAACGCCUUCACAAAAUUCAUCCCCCUCCCGGACGGCGGCGUGCCCCUCAUCAUCACAGGCGGCCUCUUCGCCCCGACGCUCCGCCACUUCGACCGCAGGUUCUACCUCGUCUGCACGAACGCGCACGAGGACCCGGAUUCCGGCGCGCACGAGUUCCGCAACUUUCUGAUGAGCUGCCGCGAAGACGAGGUCUUUGAGGAGGGCGCCUGGUCCGACGCCGUGCCGUUCGAGUUUCCGGGGAUCGACCCGGGGCUGUUCUUUGACGAGGGCACGGGGAGGGCGUAUCUCCACGGCUCGUACAGGACGGGGCCGCCGUGGGCGCCGGAGUGCUCGAUCCGGCAGUUCGAGAUUGACGUGGAGACCGGGAGGGCGUUGUCGGAGACGAGGUUCCUGUGGGAGGGCGCCGCGGGGAAGGGGGAUGCCGAGGGCCCGCAUGUGUAUUUUAAGGACGGGUGGUAUUGGUUGGUGACGGCGGAGGCGUCGACUUUCGAGGGGCAUCAGAUUAACGUGGCGAGGGCGAGGGAUGUUUGGGGCCCGUAUGAGGGUUGUCCGCGGAAUCCUCUGCUGACGGCUUUGGGGAAGGAUGAGGAUGUGCGGUGGACUGGGCAUGGGGAUUUUGUGGAGGACGGGAGUGGGAGGUGGUUUUGUGUUCAUCUUGGGAUUCGACAUGAUAAAGAGGAUGAGAGGCGGCAUCCGCUUGGUCGCGAGACGUUUCUUACGCCGGUGGUUUGGGGAGAGGGGGAGUGGCCUGAGAUCGCGCAGACGAAGCUUGAGAUGGAUGUCGAUUUGGAUGAUGUUUCGGACGAGGAGCGGCAUGGUGGGUAUCGAAUGGCGGGAGGGCGUCUUGAGGAUGUUUACAUCCGCACGCCUAACCUUGAGCAUUAUCGAUAUUCCAAGGAGGAUGACGCCUAUUCCCUAUGCGCUCAGGCGUCUACACUGGCGAGCUCUUUAGGGACAUCCACUUUCGUUGGUCGAAGGCAGAGGUCUUUUUCGGGAUCGGCCAUGGUGACCGUCGAGUUGAAAUCUGAUGGACUCGAGGGACUGCCACUGGCUGGUCUGGCGGUAUACAAAGACAGCUUGCGGCAUGCUGCGAUCCGGAUAGACGGUUCUGAGGGUAGAGUUUCCUCAGUGCUGGUUGCGAUUCAGGAUGGUAUGCCUGUUAGUGUUGAGCUCGGGUCAACAUCCGUCCCUAACGGAGUCGAAGCGAUUGAUCUCCGGAUCCAAGCCGAGACCAGUCGAUACAGGUUUCUUUGGCGCUUCGAAAGCAAUGGGAAUCAUGCCGACUGGCAAGAGUUGGGCGGAGUUGAUCCCGUGCUGCUGUCGGGUUAUGAUAUGACGGGGACGUUGUUUGGCAUAUUCGGCGAGUCGAAGAGUUCGGGAAAAUCAGUAGCGGAUGAAUGGGUUACAUUUCGCAACUUCAAAAUAGAGUAA